AUGGCCCUCAAAGUCACACGCUGCGGCAUAAAUGCCUUUCACGAAGUGCUUGGAAUCGAUACCGACAAGAUACGCUUCUACUGGGUGCUUGACUCGAACCAUGAGGAUGCGCAACAGACAGCCUACCGCAUCGAGGCUUCCACAACCCCAUCAUUCAAGACUCUCCUAUGGGAUUCAGUAUGGGACCAGAACGGCGAGGUUUCUCAGAGCGAUCCAAAUGAGUUCUUCACUGCUUAUCCGCGCUCGAGCGGCUUGUUGCCUCCCUACAGCAUGAAUCAGACUUACAUGCCGCAUACAAGCUUGAUAUUUCGCACAUGGUUCGAGGACGAGCCCAACAGGUGGAAAGGCGUGUGGAUUGGUGACAAUGGCGACAAACCUCUUUAUAUACGGAAGUCCCUUCACUUGGACCAAAAGCCGGCCAGAGCAAUAGUAUUUGCAUCAGGCUUGGGCCAUUUCAACUUCGUCUGUAACGGCGAUGCCAAAGCUGCAAAUGGACAUGUUCUGGAUCCCGGGUGGACGAAUUACCAUCGAACUGUGCAAUUUGUCGCCUAUGAUGUCUCAAACAUGCUACAACAAGGCGAGAACGUACUGGGCGCUCACGUCGGCAACGGCUUUUACGCCGGAGAUCAAGGCGACGAUAGGUUCUUCUGGCCUUGUUACGAAGACAACACCUACGUCCGAUACGGAAACGAGCUAUGUUUCUUUGCCGAGAUCCAUCUUUUCUACAAGGACGGACCGCGCGAGACGGUUACAACUGGUCCUGAUUGGAGGCUACGUAAGAGCGCAACUACACUGGCGAACAUAUACUCUUCCGAGACGAAAGAUCUACGUGCAUAUCCAACUGGAUGGGAUGCUCCUGGCUUCAAAGAGGAUGACCAGUGGAGCAAUGCUACGCCCGUCACUGGUCCUCGAGGUAAGCUCAAAUACCAGAGCCAGCCGCCUGUUGUACUGCACGAGACAUUUGAGCCCGUCUCCACGAAUCAUCUGGAGCCUGGAAUAGCAGCGUUCGAUUUCGGCCAGAACAUGAGUACCAUGGUCAAACUUGAAGUCAGCGGCCCUGCGGGCUCAGAGAUCAUUGUUCGAUUUUCGGAAACCACUGGUAAUGACGGAAAAGUUCUCAUGCCAGAUCCCCUAUUCAAGCAGUUCGAGACGGGCGUCUUUUGCAAGUUUACGCUCUCGGGAACCGGUAUCGAGACGUGGGAGCCAGACUUUUGCUUCACGGCAGCGCGGUACAUCCAAGUCGAGGGCGUUUCGCUGGAUCAAGGCAAAUGCUUUCCUGUCAUACAUUCCAUUACCAGCAGACACGUCUCAUCUGCAGCUCGGCGACUCGGCUACGUCAAGACUGACAAGGAGGACGUCAAUGCACUCAUCAAAAUGUGCUACUGGUCCUUCGUCAGCAACCUAUUCAGUUACCACACCGACUGCCCGCAGAUUGAGAAAUUCGGCUGGCUCGAAGUGACGCACUUGCUCGCGCCGUCGACACAGUACAUCCGCGAUAUGGAGUCUCUCUACACCAAGAUCCUCGAUGACAUUGUCGACGCCCAGGAGCCAAACGGCCUCUGUCCGACCAUGGCUCCUGAGAUGCGGUACAUGUGCGGGCCCCUACACGACACCAUCACAUGGGGCGGCGCCGUCGCGUUACUCCCCGAGAUUCUGCGCUUCUACUACGAUUCCACGCAUAGUUUUGAGAAACUAUUCGACCCCUGCGUGCGCUACAUGGAAUACAUCCGGACAAAAGAACGCCAUGGCGGACUGAUCGAACACGGUCUUGGGGACUGGGGCCGUGACAUUGCGUUUGGAAAUAACCAAGCCAACAUCGAGACGGCGAUUUACUACCGCUGUCUCCGCAAUAUCCAGCGCAUGGCGCACGAGCUGAGGAGGUUUGACGCUGAAGAGCGAUUCCGUGAAUGGGCUGAUGGAAUCUUCAAAGUGUACAACCAACACCUCCUUGUUACAGAUAAAAAACUAUAUCCAUACGCCUUCUACACAUCGAGAGACAAUCCAGGAACCCAAGAUCGCAACAUGGUAGCUCAAGCCAUUGCCUUACAAUUCCACCUCGUUCCCAGCGCACACAUCCCCGAUAUCCAGCGCGCAUUCCUCGCGUGCUGCGCCGCAGCGAAGAACCGCAUGCAAGCCGGUGAAAUCGGGCUCAAGUACAUCUGGAACACGCUCGCGGACCUCGAGCGCCCAGAAAUUGUGCUCGAAAUGGCGCGCCAGGAGGGGCAUCCCAGCUACAUGCGGUUCCUGCGCCAGGGCGAAACAACGCUCAAUGAGUUCUGGCAGGAUGCGUGCCGCAGCAAGAGCCACGACAUGCUGGGUACGAUUUACGAGUGGUUAUACAGCGCGGUUUUGGGACUCGCGCCAGAGACUGAGGCGUAUCGCACGUGGACGCUGAAGCCGCCGCUGAACAGCGAGUUUAAGCGUGUGGAGGGCUGUGUCGAGUGUCCGUAUGGACAUAUCCGGGUUGAGUAUGAGACAGACGAUGAACGCCACAAUGUCAGAAUGAAGAUUACCGUACCGACGAGCACGACGGGGUAUCUGUUGUUGCCGCGCGAGUCUAGUUUGGUGGCUAUAGUGCGGAGACAAGAUGGCGUGGACAGCGACGCCAGAAUGGAAACUGGAUGCCGGAUUCGACUCAAUCCAGGUCACUAUGAUUUGCAGUUGAAACCGUAG